AUCUGAUCUUGGCAUUAAUCUGGCUCGCUUCAAGAUGAAUGGCAUUUCCCCGGGGAGAGCCUCGGUGGACAGUGAGCAAUCUGACUUUGCAGCACAAUAAUCUCCGCUGCGUCUCUCAGCUUCUCUGUUCCACAGGGGCUUUAGGCAACUGCUGACCUGCUGCCUUUCAUUGACAUGUGAGCGAUGGAAAACCCAGCACUGUUUCUCUCCAUUUGUGCCCUGGUCAGUGCACACGCACAAGGCUCCCGCUGGUGGGAACAUGAUGCGGAUGGGAUCAAAGAUGACGUUUCACAGUACGGAACCAGGGAUUUUCACGAAAACGUGAUUGAGAAGCAGACCGCUGAAAACUCCUCCUUCGUUUGCCCUGAUAUGACGCCUUCAGACACCGUGCCCACCUCAGUUCACACUCUAAAACCAGCAGAUAUUAAAAUCGUCGCAGCGCUGGGAGAUUCUAUGACAACGGCAAUUGGUGCGAACGCUACAAAUGUACUGCAGUUGGCAAUCGAAUAUCGACACGUUUCUUGGAGUAUCGGUGGCUACGGGACUUUCCACGAGGUUAUUACUCUUCCAAAUAUUCUCAAGCUCUUCAACCCCAACAUCACCGGCUACUCCAAGUCCAAAACUUACCUUCAAAUCUCCCCCACGCUGGACCAGACGGGGUUUAACUUUGCAGUGACGGGAGCCAACACAUUCCAAAUGCCUCAGCAAGCAAGACGGCUGGUUGACAUUAUGAAAGCAUUUCCCGGGAUCAACUUUGCAGAGGACUGGAAAUUGCUGACUGUCUUCAUCGGAAUCAAUGAUUUAUGCGACUACUGUAAAAAUAAGGUUCUCUAUUCACCUUCCAGCUUCAUACACAAUGUCACUGAGGCCUUGGAUAUACUUUCCAAGGAGAUGCCGCGAACUGUAGUGAACUUAGUCCAGUUGCUGCCAAUAGAGGGACUUCGCGUGGUCAACGAUGGCUCCUUUGGAUGCUUACUUCAACGGAAAUUCUGCCCGUGUUUAGUGAAUCCAACUCCCGGAUCGGUGGAGCUGAGAGAGCUGCGAGGAAUUAACGAAGAGUUUCAGACCAGUCUCGAAGAACUAAUUGACACGGGGAGGUAUGACCACAAACAAGAUUUCACCGUUAUCCUUCAACCUUUUCUGAAAAGUGCCACACCUCCAUUAAAUGCGGCCGGAGUUAUUGACUACUCCUUCUUCAGCCCUGACUGCUUCCACUUCAGCGUGAAAGGGCACGAGGAGAUGGCGAAGGCAUUGUGGAACAACAUGUUCCAGCCCGAAGGGAGCAAAGUGGAGAUUUAUUCGGUUUCAAAGCCGGUGCAGCUCAUUUGCCCGUCAAAGGAACGCGCCUACAUUUACACCAGACUGAACAGCCUGGCUCACAUCUUCCCUCCAGCUCCCACCGACUCCGCCACAGCCUCGAGCACGGACCUUUUCGCUCUAACCCUCCUCCACCUCCUGCUCUCCAUCAACAUCCUCUGAACCCUCUAACCCCCCUCAGCCCAGCCCCUCAGGCCUGACGGAAAACUGUUGUAAAUGUAAAUAAGGAACGAGGGAGCCCAAGUGCUCUUCCCCAGCGAUGAUCUCUCUGCAGCAGACACUGUGGGCGAUGCUACAGAUCCGUUUUGGCGAGAGACGGAUCUAUUUUUUUUUAACGUUGCUCACUCCUCGACAAACCUGUCACUCCAAUUAAAAAUUAAUUCCAGAA